GUAUCUGUUGUGUUGUCAUUUGUCUUCCGGCCUUUACGAAAAUAGCAGAUUCUGAAAUAGCAGAUUCUGAAAUAGCAGAUUCAAAAUAAGUACUUCAUGGCGUUUUUGCGAGACAGAUCAAUAUUUUGUCUACCUGAGACUCUACUUCGUGACGAACAACGGCAAAUAAUUAGCGGAAUAUGUAUCUUUACUGCUAUUUUGGGAUUUGCAGGAGCAGCUUUCCAACUUUGCUCAAUGAGACAAUUUCGAAACCGACAGAGACGAUGGCCUUUUCCUAACCCUGAUAUCAUUCGUUGUUUGGCAGUGUCUGAUUUGAUCUCCUGCGUCGGUGUAAUCGCUCUAGCCAUUUGUUUAAUUGUGAUGAAACCACCAAAACAAAAAGAAGAUUCCUCAAUUUACGUUCCACAACACAACAGUAUCUACGAACCUAUUGGGACUGCUCUUGAGAUUAUAACGAUGUUUGGUUAUUUGUCAUCUUAUUUGUGGACACUUUUCUAUGCUGUCGAUGCUUGUUCUCAAAUAUAUGAAAAAGAGUGGUCAAUGGUCGUUUAUCACAUCCUUGCUUGGGGAAUCCCUGUGGAGCUUAUCACAAUCAUUGAAGCUGUUAAUCUUGGAGAGUAUCCACACGUAUGUGAAGAAUUCUACGGUCGUUUUUCUCGAGUACUGCUAUCUUACACGCCUGUAAUGGUUAUUGUGAUUGCGAAUCCGAUUAUUUUCAUCGUGACUUACGGCAGAAUAAAAAAGAAACUACGAUCUUCUGGCAGUUUUAAUGAUGAUCAUCGAAAUGCACUUCAUACAAUGCGAAGAAGAUUUUGCUGGAUGGUCACUGCAUUCGUUGCUUGUUGGCUGCCUAACAUCGUUUCCGUCACGAUAUACUACGUCAUGUACAAGAAGAUCUUGAGCACUAAAAUUGCUCCCGUAUUUUGGUAUACGGAGGCGUGCUUGAACCCGUUGCAGGGAUUUUUUAACUAUUUUCUGUACCGUCGUGCUUUUAAAGUGACUCCAACCGACACACGACCCAUGCCCAAUUCCUUACCCCCUGUACGCAUCACGCCUUCUUGGGGCAUUUACCGAGCGGAUCGUCGUAGUUUUCCUCCAAAAGGAUCUAAAAAUCAGACUUUGCAAAGAGUCACUGCUUCAGAAUCAAGUCAUGAUGAAGAAAGGCCGCUUAUCCCACCGGAAACCAAGAUAGCAAAAACCGGUCCACGUUACGUUUAUAUAAGCAGAUUACUGGGUGAAUAGCAUGACCAUACGUAGUAGAGCCACAAAAUUUCUUGUGAAACGUUUUACAAUAUUGUGGUUAGUACACAAUCACAUUUAUAAUGAAGACCUAAACAAAAGAGUAUAAUUAUUACAGACAA